AGUGAGAGAGGCGGUAUUGUGUAUUUUAUUAUUACUAUUAACACUUUACAAUUAUUUGUAUAACACUCAAAAGUGUGCUAGGAGUCUUACAAACAUAUUAAAAACACAUAUCCCUGAACAGAAGCGCUUACAAUCUAAAGACAAUUAACAGGCAAAUGAAGGGAAGAAGGCAUGUGGCAUAUUUUUAUAGAGAUGUCUGAAAAGUGGAUUUGUAUCUAAUAACAAUGGAGUUGAGGUUAACAAUGUAUAGUUCACGGCAGGCCUCAGACUGGAGAUGAACUAUAAUAAAGUAAUAGCCAAAUCUUGCUUGCCUUAUGCAUGUGAGAAGUCUCCUUGAAAUUAAUGGGACCAUUCAUGUGAGUAAAGUGAGUUGGAUUUGGCUCCAAGAACAGGUAUUCAGAACUUUACGGACACUUAUGUUACUGACCAGAUAUUUUCAUGGUAUUCCAAGAACCUGAAUUGGAGUAAAAGAAGGACAUUGAAGUGGUUUUGGACAUUCUACACAGAACAAUCCUAGUCGGAGGAUUAAGCUCCCAAGGAACCCGCGGCUCUGAAGAAAGAAUCUCUUGGUGGCUCUGCAGGGAUCAAAAGCUGAGAAUAACUGCUAGAGAAUGCCACUAUCUAAGAUGGCUUUGAAGAGAUUCAAAAUUAUUUUGUUUUUAAUUGUAGUAUUGGCCCCUGUUUGUUUGUAUUUAUUCAAGCCAAAUUUGAUUGCAAUCGGUAUAUUCCAUCAAAAGAAGGAUGAGGCCACAUCACUGACUUUUAUAACAGAGAGCAGAAACUUUCUGCAGUUGCCAGAUAUAGACUGCAGUAGGACUCCUCCGUUCCUGGUACUCCUUGUGACAUCAUCACAUGGCCAGAAUAAAGCUAGGAUGGCUAUCCGUCAAACAUGGGGGAAACACAGACUAGUUGCUGGCAACCGCAUUGUGACAUAUUUUCUUCUGGGAACCACCAUGAACCAAAAUGAUCAAACUGGUAUUAUUGCUGAAAGUCAGAAAUACAGAGACAUUAUCCAGAAGGAUUUUAUAGACACAUAUUACAAUUUGACUUUAAAGACAAUGAUGGGAAUUGAAUGGGUUCACAAAUUUUGUCAUCAAUCCAGGUUUGUGAUGAAAACUGACUCAGAUAUGUUUGUCAAUAUCUUUUACCUGACUGAACUUCUUUCAAGAAAAAACAGAAGCACUGGAUUCUUCACAGGCUUUUUAAAGAUGAAUGACCUCCCAAUAAGACAGAUAAAUAGUAAAUGGUAUGUGAGUAAAGAUGAAUAUCCAGGAAGCACGUAUCCUCCAUUUUGUUCGGGGACUGGUUAUGUUUUCUCCACUGAUGUUGCUAGUCAGGUUUAUAAUAUUUCAGAAAGUGUCCCUUUUAUUAAACUGGAGGAUGUUUUCAUAGGACUGUGUCUUGCAAAACUAAAAAUCAAUCUGGAGGAACUUCAUUCAGAACAGACAUUCUUCACAGACAGGGUUGAGUUCUCUCUUUGUCGCUUCAGGAAAAUUGUGACAUGCCAUUAUGUGCAACCUUAUGAGCUGCUGAUCUACUGGAAUGCACUGGAGAGGUCAAUGGAUGAAAAAUGCCCAGAUGUCUGAAAUAGCCGAGCUAACAAAAAAUGACACAAAAAAGCUACAGGACCAGCCUUUAGUAGGGCUACCACCUGGCCACUGUUUGACUGGCCUGGACAUUUUUUUAUGGAUUUGCCAGUUUUCAGAAAAAUAAUUUCAUCUGCCUUUUUUUUACAUGGGUCUAAAGAUUUGCAUUAUUAUCACCACAUUACACUGGGAUAUCUAACGUUAAAAGUUUCUGUGUCCAGCUAAAGAUGCUGCAGUGUUCCCACUUCCGCAGCUUAAGUAAGAAAAUGAUAUUAUCAAUCUUUUCUAUAUGUCUCAUCUCUCUAGAUACUAUAAGUGGCUACUGGGGGCAGGAUUUGCAGAAUUGUCUUCUGGGGUGGGAGUGGUGCCGGGUUUUUUGCAUGUCAAAGGUGGUAACCCUAGCCUUUAGUCAGGCAAAACUUGGCCACUGAAGUUGGGCUGGGGACUUGUACAGUCAAAGAGACACUGAUAAAUAUUUUAAUCUCUUGCCCAUCUGCAAAGUUGCUGUUAUUUGCAAACACUGGAUUUUCUUGAAGAGCACAAGCCAACAAAACUGCUUUGUCUCAGUACAAACACUUACAGUAAUGUCAGCAGAAGGCUGGGAAUGCUUACAUAUCAUUUGCUUCCCUCUAUCAUUUUCUCUGUUUCCCUAACAUUAAAAGUUUACAGUCCAAAGUCCAUUCCCUGACACAUUAUAACAAGGUUAGGCCACAAUCCUGUAACGAGCUCUGUGUGAGUAGAGACAUGCAUCUGCAUGAAACCCUUUACACUGCUGAAGUUGAUGGGGCUUUGCACAGGUGUACAGAUCUACCUAUUCAGAGCCUGUUGCAGGAGCAGGGUCUUAAGUGCCAUAGGUUAACUUCUGAGCCUUUAAGAUCACAGCAUUAGUUUUCUAUUAUACAUUUUACAUUUAAAAAUCAUGCAUACAGGGCUUAAUCGAGAGCCCAAUGGAAAGAAAAAAGCAACAGUGCUGACAGAAUACUGGAGUUGGUAAAUAAUGUAUUUCAACAUGCCAUAUUCUCCCUUCAGUACAAGGUGUAUUUUUGAAUUCAGAGGAAUUAGUAAAUACUGCAAAAUUCUAAACUCAAACAUCACAUUUCUCUUUAUGCUGGGAUUGUCAAAGGGGCUGAGGAGAAUGAGGUGCCAUCACCAUGUUAAUGGGGUUUGGGCACUGACUCCAUUAGUCUCUUUUAAAAACCCCAGCCUCAAUUGUUAUAAUUAUACUCAGGCCAUAUAUGUAAACGCUGAAUGAACAAAAGGGCUAUUUGUAUAUAGUGUAUUUGAUUUAACAAAAUGUGAUUGUUUUAAAUAUGAGUCUAUUCUCCCCUUGAAUUUGCACAUGCAACUUUUUUAAGGCUGAUAUGAAAAGUAGGACAGUCUUUACAUUAUUUGCAUAGAACAUAUAAAUAUCAAAUGAACAAAACGUAAUGUCUGAUACUAUUUUAAUAAAAGUAUA